AGGAAAGAGCAGGAACGCGUGCGAAUUCUUUCUAAAAUCUAACGAAGAGAACUCCAACUCGGAGUCUGAAAUUAGGAGCAGAACAGAGUUAAAUACUGGUUCCAGCGUUGGCGGUGGAGAGAUCGAAAUUUGAAAGGUGCUGAGAUUCCUGAUAAUGGAAAAUUUUCUUAAGAAACUCGAGAUGCCUGAGAUUGUGGAUAUGUUAUCAGAAGGGCUCUGCAGUUCAUGCAAAGACUUGUUGCAGACUCGUCUUCAGAAUCUCUUCUCUGAUAACACUAAUGGAAAAUUCAAUGGGAAAUCUUUGUCUAGCGGUAAUCACUCUGAGAAUUCGUCCGAUUUCUGUUCUGCCAAUACGUCCAGCUUGUGCUCACCAGAGAAGAGCUUUGCAUCUUCAACUAAUGGGCCUCAUCAGCAAGAGAGCUCAUCUUGGAGUUCAACCCGAACUCCAGGAUCUGUCCAUUCUUCUAAGCGUCAGGGGCAUGUGACAAGUUCCUCACCUGCAUCAGUGAGCAGUCGACAACAGUCACUUGAUCGACUAGACUCUAAAGUAGCACAAAAUGAUACAUUUGCUAAAUCCAGUAACGGGGUAUCAAAUGAACAGGUAGUCCAGAAGGGUCUAAGUCUAUCGCCUGAGCAAGAACAAAUAAGAUUCUCACAAGUAGGCAGAAAGAAGGAUUUUGUGUAUUUCGAGAGGGUCAAUGGAAAGAAAACAAAUGUGCUUCAAGGGCUUGAGCUUCACACUCGAGUUUUCAACACUAUGGAACAGGAGAAGAUUGUGGAUUAUGUCUACAAGCUACAGCGAACGGGGCAGAAUGGGCAGCUUAAAGAACGUACAUAUACAGAACCAAAGAAGUGGAUGCGCGGUAAAGGGCGUGUUACAAUUCAGUUUGGCUGUUGCUACAAUUAUGCAGUGGACAAAAAUGGAAACCCCCCGGGUAUAGUCCGAGAUGAAGAAGUUGACCCCAUUCCUCCAUUGUUCAAGGCAAUCAUCAAGAGGCUGGUUAGAUGGAAUGUCUUGCCUGUAACUUGUGUUCCCAAUAGCUGCAUUGUGAACAUCUAUGAUGAGGGGGACUGCAUCCCACCUCACAUUGAUCAUCAUGAUUUCCUUCGGCCUUUCUGCACGGUGUCAUUCUUGACUGAAUGCAACAUACUCUUUGGAUCAAAUUUGAAGAUUGAGGGUGCAGGAGAAUUCUCUGGACCAGUAGCAAUUCCAUUGCCUGUUGGUUCGGUGCUCAUCUUAAAUGGAAAUGGCGCUGACAUUGCAAAGCAUUGUGUUCCUGGUGUCCCAGCGAAAAGGAUCUCCAUAACUUUCAGGAAGAUGGAUGACAGUAAGCUGCCAUACAAAUUCAAACCAGACCCUGAGCUGCAGGGCAUUCAGCCAUACUCCUUGACAAAGCUACCAAAGCAGCAAGUUAAGCAAGCACCACCAUUGCAGCAAACCAAGCAACCCUCCAAUGAUGAAGUUGACACUGUAAAAGGGACGAGCAAAAAUAGUUUUCACUUUGGGCAAGAUGAUUUCCCUCCACUUGGUGCUUCAGCUUCAACCCACAGGCCUAAAACUAACAAGCACCGAUGACAUCAAUGAGAUUUUGGCUUCAUUUUAAUUUUGAUUGUUUAUUUUUUAACACUAUAAAGCUCAAGUACUUGGCCAUCUAAUUGUGUACCAAAUUUCAGUUUUUUUUUCUAUUUUGUUGAAUCGUUUGAUUUUUCUUGCAACAGUUUAAAUGAAGUUCUAUUUAUUCAA